AUGCCCCCUAAGAAGAAAGGAGAGUCUGCCCUUAAGCAGGAUACAUCUGGACAAGGAGUAGAGGACUCAGAACACCCUGGGUCUGACAGAGAGGAUCUGCUACAGAGAGAGUACGACAAGCUAACCGACACCUUGAACAACCUCAAGAGGAAAGUGGAAAAGUUACGGCGUGAGAAUGAGUUCCUACAGAAUGAGGCCAACCAGACUCGCAUGGAGAGCCAAGAGUACAUGUCGUACAUGUCCAAGCGGACCCAGAAGCGUCAGAGUGCCAUCGUCACCCUUAGCGACCAAAACCACCAGGCGCUGGAGGCCCUGAAGAGGCAGAGGGAGGAGACUCUGGACAAAUACCAGGAACAGGCCAAUGAGCUGAAAAAGGAGAUUCUGGAGAAGGAGAAUGAACUGGCGCUGUUAAAUAUUGAGAUUGCCGAGCUCCGAGAAUUUAAAAGCCUGCAGCAGCAGCAGCUGGGGCGUAUAGCAGAGCUAGAGAGGGAGGUGACCAGUAUGCACUGUCGUCACUCUGAAUCCCUGCAGGCCCUGAAGGCUGGCUUCCUCAGUGAGAAGGAGAGGUACGAAGCACAGGCCAAACAAAAAAUACAGGCCCUGGCCCUCGCCGCUAAUAGGGAGGCAUCUCGCUGCCUACUGUCCCACACUAGAGCUGUGUCCCUGGAAAACCAGCAUCUGAGGGAAGAGCUGCAGCAGCUGAUCCAGAGAGCCCACUCCCUGAGGGGCCUCCAGGACCAGCUCCAGGCCCAGAGGCAGCAGCUCCUACUGGAGAGGGAGUACGUCAGGGAGCUGAGGCGCCUCCGAGCCACCCCGGGGCCGACCCCACCAGGGUCCCACACUCGGCCACUGGGGGUGGACAGAGGGAGAGAAGACACAAGACACCACCGCACGGCAGAUACCUGA